CAAACCACUAGAUGAGGCAGGAGCCCUGCCCUCAGCAGAAAGGGACCUUAGCAAGGAACAUGAAAUCCCGGAGGAUAAUUUUAGUGCAGACAUAUGGUGAUCACUCUACUGUAGAAGAAAUGGGGUUAACAAACAAGAGCGAGGGAGAACAACAGCUCAUGCCCAACAACUCUGAUGCGCCCAAUGAAGAUCAAGGUGAAGAAAUCCAACAGCCAGAAGAGCGUACUCCAGCAGGGCAGCGAACACGAAGAGGAGGCACACAGCCAUCCAGAUAUCAAUUGCCUUCACGUAGGACACCUGCAACAUCCACCAAUGGAGCAGUCAACUUUCCAGGAGUCCUUCCAUGGCCUGUCCAGUGAGUUGCCAACCCAUAUCAACUGCCUGCUGUUCUUCAGUUUUAUCCUGAAUUUAUUCUGGUUUUUAAAGAAGCUUCCCAUGAUAUAUCCCAUUGUCUGAAGACCCAUGUCAAAGAGAUCGGGCUAUCCAUCAUCCUUCACCUCUCUGCCCUCUCCACCCUCCUCUUCCAUCUGCCUUUCCUCCCUACACUUCUUUUCCUUUCUUUCUUUCUUCUUUCCUUACUUCUGCUUCUGCUUCUUAUUAUUCUUUUCACUCUUGUCUUCUGAUUCUUUUCCUUCAAUAAAAAGCAAUGAA